GGAGGAGGGGGGCUUCCAGACUGGAUGGGCCCAGCGAUGCCUUGAUGGAGCAUGGGCCAGGUUUUAGGAUUCUCCCACUGCCAGGAAUAUGGCUCUGUUGCAUCCACCCCGGAUUCAACUCCUCCGUGCACCGAUGGCGGGAACGAGGAGUCGGAGUUGUACGAGCUGCAGACCGCCAGAGAGUGGUCCGACGACGACAUGGGGGAUGGAGAUCCAGACGACGACGAGGGGCUGGCUUCAUCCCCGUCCAUCUGGGGCACGCCGCGUCAGAACUCCUAUGAGCUGACUUUCUCUUACAUCGCCAUUGCCGAGGCCGAAGCCGUGGGAGCAUCGCGCCACCUCAGAGAGCGGCGCAGGGCCGGCAGCUCUCGGGGAAGUCGUACACCUUUAAUCCGCACAGACACUCUGGAAACACUGUUGGACUCGCCCGAUGUAGACUGGGACCCUCAGGCAUUCCUCACUCGGGAGGAAGAACAAGAGGCGGCGGAGAGGAGGGAGCAGGAGAGAGUUGAGGCGAGGACAGCCGGUGCAUUGGGACGGAGCCAGCAGGAGCAGACUAUUACAAUUCAGCCCGGUCCUCAGAACCUGGACCCAGAAAGUCAGAGCGGAGACGCAGUAGUCCAGCAGCAGGAGAGCGCGAUGCUGGCAUCUUCUCAAACCCCAUCAUCUCAGCAACAGAGCCCCUCACACACACUCCAAGCUGCAACCUCACCGCCGUCUGAGCCAGAGUCUCCCGUCGCCCGGGAAACCAUCUCAGUCAAGCUGCUCACAUCUGUGCGUCCCAGAGGCCCGGCGUCCUCGCAGUCCGCCUCCGCCGGCCAAAAUUCUCAGGAACAGCUGGUCAGCGAUCACUGGUUUUCAGCUCUCAGCCUAACAGAGGACCCCACACUAUGCACGCACAUAGCAGUGAUGGACCUGAUCUACUGGAAGGAGACGGAGCGCACCGGCAUGGUGCUGACGGGGCUGGUGGUGGGCCUGCUGUCCCUGUUCCAGCUCAGCAUCAUCACCGUGCUCUCCACAGUCUCCUUGGCCCUCAUGUGCUUCACCAUAUCAGUGCGCGUCUACUACCACGUGCUCCACGCCUUCAAAUGGGGAGACGGAGAGCAUCCGUUCAAGGCGUAUCUGGACAUGGACAUCAGUUUGAGUGGAGAGCAGGCGGACCUCUACAUGCAGAAAGUCAUUGUCUUGACUCUGUCUGCUGUCGACACUUUGAAAAGACUCAUUUUUGUUGGAAAUGUUUUUGACUCCAUCAAGUUGCUGGUUCUGAUGUACCUGGUGACCUACCUGGGAGACCUGUGCAACGGCCUUACUCUGCUCAUCAUCAGUGUCAUUGCCGUCUUUUCUUUACCACUUUUCUACAGACAACGCCAGGAGCAGGUGGACGGCUUAGUUGCACAAGUCCAGGCCCACAUUGACAACAUCACGGACAUUCUGCGGAGACUCGCCCAGGGUGGCGGCCCUCCUCCCGAUCCAACACCCGGCGGUGCCAAACCCAAGAUGCAGUAAUCGCCGUGGA